AACCAUACCAUCUUAUCUCCACCGCCGGGAUGCACGGCAUUUUAUUACAAGGCAAUGGAACUAGGUCAAAGAUUCCCGCUGACCCAAUUUGAGAAAGACCUUCUGAACGCCUACAACUUGUGCUUGGGUCAGCUUUCCCCAAACUCUUGGGGCGGCAUUUUAGCGGUUCAAGUGAUCUGUAGCAUCAUCGGUGUCAAGCCGACCCUGACCCUUUGGCGGCAUAUGUACAAAUUGUUCGAAAUGCCAGCCGGGGAUCAUGGUCCGGGCUGGUGGUGUUUUCAGGCUCGGCGGGGCUAUCGUACUGUUCUUGAUCUCCCCACCUCUCAGAAGGGGUUCCGCCGAGGAUUCGCCUUUGUGUACUAUGGUGGGGAAUGGGGCAUCCCCACCGUGCCCCCGUCAUCCGAGCCAAACUGUUUGAACUUCAAGGUGCCAGAGCUAUCCGACGAGGAAGCUGUGGCCGCCAUCUACUUUCAACUGGAGGCUAAGAUAGUCGAUGGUGGCGAAGUGUUCGUAGCGGGGAACUGGCUCCCGAGCUGCAAAAUGUUCAAGAACGAGCACUUCCUCGCCGCAUUUGGCCUGAGUCCGGCCUUUCCCAAGGAAGCUUCCCUAGCCUUUCUCAAGGAGACCGACUCAGAGAUGGCCGAACGAUUGACCUCCGCUGCACUGAAGGCGGCUCGGAUUAGGGCCGAGAUGAAGGCCAACAAGAUUAACAAGCCUUCUAAGCCGAAAGAUCCUUCCAACCCUAAACCGAGGAAGCGCAAGGAGCGCACUGAAGAGAGGGUGGAAAUGACGGAAAAGGCUUUGGCGAAGGCCCGAGCCGAGCAGGAGGCUUCCGCAAAGAAGGCUAGAAAGGAGCCUUCUGUCGAGGUGAAUAGUCCUCGGCCCGAAUCUGGAGGUGGGGAGACCCAUGUCUCGGUCCACCCCUCAGACUUCGAGCCUGUUCGGAGUCCGGGGUACGAACCGGGGGCCUCUCACCCUUCUCCGACCGAGCGCUCUUUGUCCGAGGCGCCGGUCCCGUUUACCCAAAUGUCCAAGACGGACAAGAAGAAGAGGAUCUCCGACGCACUGGAGAUCCUAUGUACUCAAACUGACCGAGACCACAUCAAUGAGGUCAACCAGAGGAAUGAGUCGAGUGAGCUCUUCCGCUCUUGGAUGGACUUUUCCAUCCGAAUGACUAAAGUGGCGGAAGACCGGCUCGCCCUGGUACAAGAGGUCUCGGACCUGAAGCAGGCGGCUCGGUCGCACUUUGAUGAAGUGUACCAGGCCAAGGAGGCCAAACGAUUGGCCGAGCUGCGCAAGGAAGAGGUGGAGGAGAAGAUUCGGAAGGGCGAGGAGGCCUGGCAGAAGGAGCAGACAGAGUGGAAAGAAGAGAGAGCCAAUCUUUCCUUGGCUAAGGAGAAUGCUGAGGCGGCCAAGGUCACGGCCGAAACCAAGCAGGCUCAAGCUGAGAAGGAACUGGCGGAGGUCAAACUUAAACUCUCCGCGGCCGAGGCUCAACUGAAAGAGGCCCAAGCGGCCGUUUCUCGCUCUCGGGAGGAGUGGUUCCAAGCUUGGCAGAAGUCGGAUGAUUGUACCGAUUUCUGCGCCGACGUGGGCCAAUCUUCCCACAAGAUGGGCGAGGACGAGGCGCUUGCUAGGCUUAAGAUAGCCUUUGCUGAUUCCUGUCCCGGGGGGAUUGGAAUUCAGUCUGGUCUCGCUACCAGGAGCUGGCCGAUGCCGAAGCAGCGGAGAUUAAGGCCAGGAUGGCUGAAGAGAUGAGCUCGGACAGCGACUCUGACUCCGAUGAUGAAGAGGAAGAUGCUGGAAGCACCGAGCCACCUCCACCAGAGCAACCUGCGGCCGAGCAACCUGCCACUGGCCCUUCUGCUUAGCUUCCUUAGGAUUUUUAUUUUCUUAGCCUUGGCCUUGUCGGCCCUUUUAGCUUUCUGCUUUCCGACCCCCUGCUUUUGUAAACUUUUGGUUGUAUUUUACAACUUUUAAUCAAUUGGAAUACAACUACUAUUUUGCAACUCGUCAUUUGUCGCAUAUUUUUCGUUAUUUGCAAUAUUACAACAUUCAAUAGACAAUAAACUGGUUAAGUUUUGCUUGCCUUUUUGUUCAAAAUAGACUGGUUAAGUCUCUUUCAUUUCUGGGGUGUAAAACCGACUUGAUACAUGGACUGGUUAAGUCCGAGUUACAAUUUGAUUUGUUUGCUAACCCGACCAAGUACUGCUGGCCUUACAUCAUGCCCCUAGUGCAAGUAACGAAAAAAGAGUUAUACAUAGAAUCUUUUGAGAUUGUCUAGGUUCCAAGGCCGAGCCAGGGGGACCCCUUCGGGAGAUUCGAGUCGGAAUGUCCCUGGCUUGAUGAUUUCUGUAACCUUGUAAGGGCCGUCCCAAUUUGCCCCCAACUUCCCUUUGAGAUGGGAAAGUCCAGUGGCAUCGACCUUUCGGACGACCCAGUCGCCUAGACUGAUUGGUCGAGGUUUUACUCGGCGGUUAAAAUGCCUUGUGAUUCUUUGCUUGUACCGGAUGGCUUGUAGCAAAGCAUUGCCUCGGGUUUCUGGCAAUAGGUCUAAGUUGAUGGGCUUUUCUUCUUUAUUUUGGUCGAACUCAUAGAAUGUCAUCCGAGGGGAGGGGAUUCCCACCUCGACCGGAAGGACAGCCUCGCUUCCAUAGACCAAGCCGAAAGGGGAGUGCCCCAUGGCUUCUUUUAUCGUCGUUCGAGCCGACCAGAGUACUCCAGGUAGGUCGUCUACCCAUGCCCCUUUAGCUGCAUCAAGGGAUUUUUUGAUACCUUUCAGGACAAUUUUAUUAGCCGACUCGGCUUGCCCGUUGGUUUGAGGACGGGAGACUGCCGAGAACCUUGUUUGAAUGCCGAACCGGGCGCAAUACUCUCGAGUCGGCCCGCUGUUGAAUUGUCGGCCAUUGUCUGAUACCAAGGCCCUUGGAAUUCCGAACCGGGUAAUGAUGU